AUAAUAAUAAAAGAUCGUGAUGUUUCUAAUUAUUAUCUUUAACAUCAGCUGAUCAUUUUAAUUAAAUGGAAGUGUCAUGGAAAUAGGAACAUAACAUCCUCCAAUGAAAAGAAGAAACAGAAGCUAAACUCUGGUUAUUUCCUGGUUCUCAGGUGAGGCGGUAAUCAAACGUCUAAUCUGACUGCUGACUGUAUCACUUCUUAGCCAAUAAAACAGAUUGUGAUUUUUGGUGUCCUGCUUUUGAGGCGGAGUGAGACAUCUGUUCUUAUUUGUACCGUCGAUCCAAAGCGGAACCGGAAGUGCUGUUUUGUUGUCAACAACUGUUGCUGUUUUUACAUUUGUCGAGUUUCCACUUUAGUUUCUGUCUUUUUUAUUUCCCCGACGCCUCUUCUUGUUUUUCACUAAAACGUUUUUACUUUCUAAACUUCUCUUUCCCGCUCUCACUCCCGUCACGCGCUGAGUUUUAACGGCUCCGCUGCUGUUUGAUCCCGGAGCGGGAAGUUUGAAUGAGGCUAGCAGCUGUUAGCCUGCAUGCUAAUGGCCCGCUGAUAGUCAACAAAACAGUUUCAGUUAGAUUCAUUAGAACCGUGCGGAUGUUCCGUCAGGCCGCCUCCAGCUCUCACUCUCCCCGGGCUUUAUCCGGUGAUCUCAGUCCGAACCAGUCCUCCUGCAGCUCGGACACCGGGGACGUUUUAAUCCGCUCCACCAGGAUUCUCUCGGACCGGAGACGCGAAGCCGGACCAGGACCCGGUUCCGUUCAGAUAACUGUCCAGAAGCUGCGGGACCCGGCCCCGUUCCAGCCUCCUCCGGCCGAGCAGCACCGGCGGCCGAAGGCCGGACAGACGCCGGACACCGGAGCUCCUCCGCGCUCCGCGGCGGGCGGUCAGCCCGACCGACUGAGUGGACAGACCAAGGAGAACAGAGAACCAACAGGAAGACCCAACAGGAAACUGUCUGCUGGGACUCAGAGAGACCGACAGCCUGGUCACGACCUCCUGACGUCACGUUUCACCGCCGGAGGUCGAGGAGUUGUACUCGCAGCUCUGAAGCAGCGCUUUCACAGCGCCCCCCACAGGAGGGAGGUCAGAGUGAAGCUGCUGGACCCGGGGCCACUGCAGAACAGUUCCCAGGAUCCUCCAGGUCUGAGGUCCAACUCCCAGGAUGCAGCAGGUGUAGCGGGGGUCCAGGUGGAGGCGGGGCUGUCCUCUGGUUGCCUGGGAGAUGCCACCAAUGCAGCAGCAGCAGCAGCCGCAGCUGUAGCUGCUCCUCUCAUCAAGAUGGAGGCUCAGGUGUCUCAGCUGGUGGACGGGCUCCAGAGGCUGCUGCAGGCCGACAGGGAGGGCAGGGACAGGGGGCGGAGUCAGAGCCAGCAGACGCUGCAGCAGCUGGAGACGCUGCACGGUCGACAGCUGCAGCUGCAGAGCCAGCUGCUGGAGUCAGCCCUCAGGAUAGUGACGGGCCACACCCCCGCCCCCUCGUUGACCUCUGACCUCACGGCCUCAGGUCAGACGGCCCAUCUGCAGGUCACACACCUGGACUGUGCAGCAGACGUCCUCAGGAACCAGCAGCAGAGCUCCACGGCAACCACAGCUGCCGUCCUGGAGACCGGCCCAGUUACCAUGGCAACACCCAGCUGUGACCGACAGCCGGAGAAAACCAGAGGUGACCGCCAUCGCCGAGGUGCUCCCAGUGUUUCCACGGCAACACAUCAACCUAAAGGAUCCCACCUGCAGUCCUCAGACCGUCACAGCCGGGCGGCGGCGAGGAAAGCCAACGAGGUGCUGAGGGAGAUGGGUCGACUGAAGACGGAGAUGAAGGCGCUGCUGACGCAGCCAGAAGACUGUCUGACUACAACCAGGCCUCCACCAGACCACCACCAGUCCCAACAAUCCCAAUCCCAACAACACCAGGUCCAACAAAUCCACUCCCAGUCCCAGCAGUCCCAGUCUGUGCUGGUCCAGAGGAGGCCUGUGGUCCCGUCCACGUUGGAGGAGGCGGGUCAGGUUCUCCGUCAGGUUCGGAGACAGAAGAAGGUUCUGGAGGAGAACCUGGAGGCUCUGCUGAGAGCUAAGACCGGAGAGGUCCUACACUGCCAGCUGGAGGCUCUGGCUGCUAACAGAGACUGGACUGAGGAGGUCCGGAUCAAGAAGACCGUGGACGCCUGGAUCAGCACGUUGUCCAAAGACUUCCAGGCUGAGACGUCCUCAGAGGAUGCUGCAGUGACAUCACAGCUGAGGGCCGUCCAAUCAGAGAGGGGGAGGCCAGUGAGCACGCUCAGAGGGACAGGAAGUAAGACGACGGCAGGGAGAGGAGGCCGAGGACAGAGAGCCAGACACGGAGCGGUGCAGGGGGCGGAGCCUGGCAGAGGCCCAGGUGCUCUGACAGACAGUGAACAGGUGGAGGGAGAGUCGUACCUGACGCAUCUGUACGGCAGAGCUCCUUACGAGGGUCUGAGACGAACCCUGAAGAAGAGUCCGUACCUUCGCUUCAGCUCACCUGUGUCACCGCUCAGCAGGAAGCCACGCCCCCGCCUGGUGGAGAGCGUCAGAGGUGUGAAGGUGAAGUCCUGUAAGACUCAGACCAGUUUGGCUCCUCCCCUCAGCCCGUCACCUGGACGACCUCAUCAUCUCCUCAGCUCCUCCCACAUGAACUCUGGUGACCCCGCUGACAUCACAGUGACCCCUGCUGACACGUACUCUGUUCCCAUGGCGAUCCCACUGGGUCGUCGCAGGAUGGACUCUUCCUCCAGGUGUCUCGCUGAGCGUCAGCAGGAAGUGACAUCACCACCCACACCUGUUUCCAGGACGUCCAGUGAGGCUGCUGCCGUGGUCGACAGAGCACCUGAGCGACAGAGGGAGGAGCAGGUGGAUGCAGGUGAAGCUCCUCCUCCUCCAUCACACAUGGUCAUCGAGGUGAAGAGCGAGGAAGACGAGGGCGAGGAGAACGUCUUCCCUGGAGCUGACUUCCUGUCUGUAGCUAAUGUCAUCCAGGAGGAGGUGAGUGUGGGGGGUGAGGAGGCCGUGGAGUUGGACGGGGGUCCGUCUCCUCCUCCAGUCCUGUACCAGGGUCCGGUCUUCCCUCCCCAGGGUCGUUCUGCCCUCCCAGCCCAGAGCCAGACCUCUGUCCUGGACGCCGACCAGCAGAGAGACGCCCUGGAGAACCGGCUGGUAGAAUGGGUGGAGCAGCAGCUGAUGUCCAGGAUGAUCUCUGAGAUAUACCGCCCCCCUCCGUCUGACCCCGCCCAGAACGUUUCCUCCGACCAAUCAGAGCUUGAGGAUCGGAGCGUCACCUCAGACAUUGUGGAGGCAGCAGGAGGUGGAGGUCUGCAGCUCUUUGUAGACUCCAACGUGUCGGUGGACUCCGCUCUGAUCCGACAGCUGGUGAACGAGGUUCUGACAGAGACCGUGGCUCUGAUGCUGGGACAGAGAGACGCACUGGAUACAGGACCAGGACCAGGACUGGAGCCACCAAAAGCAGGAGCAGCAGCACAUGAGGAGGCCAAACUGGUUCCUCUGGUUCCUACACCAGAGCCUACCCCUCCACCCAGCCCGACCCCACCUGCCGGACACACCACACCCCUGGCCACGCCUCCUCCACCUGAACCAACCAGCCUGCUGAACGAGGAGUCUCCUCAGCCAAUCACAGCUCCCGAGCCAGUAGCCACGCCCACACCCAGCCCAGAGCCCGCCCCCUCCGCAGGUAGUCCACCUGUCCUUCAUCAGGCCCCACCCCCUCUGCCCUGGGGAGAUGCUGAGCUGCCAUUGGCUGAGGAGAGACCAGAGGAGCACGUGGACACGCAGCAGCUGCUGCUGAUGUCAGUAGCAGAGGAGGAGCCUCCUCUCUCCUCUCCCCUGCCUCCCCCUCGCUCCCCGUCUCCUUCUCCUCGCCCCGAUCCUGAGCCCAGACCAGCGUCCCCCUCCAGCUCCUCCUCCUUCUCAGAGUCCAGCUCCAGCAGCUCGGUGACGCCUGAGACUGAAGCAGCUCUGAAACACAUCUCAGAGGGAGAGCUGCUCAUCACUGUCAACCAGCUGGCUGCCAUGACAGAGGAGGAGGUGGUGUGUAGUUUCUCCAGUUCUCUGCAGGAGCUGCAGGACAUGGACUACGACCCCCCCAGUGAAGGACAGGUCAGAGGUCACAACCUCCUGCUGUCCAUGCUGACCAAGAUGGAGCAGGGAGUCGCACAACGAGGAGAGAGACCACAACCAGAGGGCUCCUGGGGGAGGGAGGACCAGGAUCAGGGGGAGGAGGUGAGUGUGGGGGAGGUGACAGACGAUCGGACUACAAACCUACUCAGGACUACAGAUCCCAGGAGCUCCAGCAGGCGUACGGAAGCUGGGCGGGGUCAAACCUCCUCACCUGGACAGAUCAGUCAGUGUGCAGAGGUCAGUUUUGAAGCGACCAAUCAGGGCUCGGAUACGGUGGGCGACCUGAUGGCAGAGCCGCUUGGUACGCUGACCUCUGACCUCCAGACUGACCUGUCCCUGUCUCCUCCUCCUCGUCACCCUGCAGCACAGGUUGUUGACGUCCUGAUCAGGAAGCUCCACACGCUGACAGCUGCAGAGGAGGAGGAGGAGGGAGGAGCCAGGAGGAUGGAUGUUCAUCUGCCCUCCAUCAGAGCAGAGGAGGAGCUGAUGGAGGAGCUGAUGGAGGUCAGUGCUGCAGCUGAUACAGACUCCUCCUCCACCAACGAUGUUUUCUAGACAGAGGAGACGCUGCUCCUCAUGAGACGCUGCUCCUCAUGGAGACGCUCCUCAUGGAGACGCUCUGACCUCAGUUCAUCCUGAAUCAUCCUGAACGACUGCUUCAUAACAGACUGAUGAUCAGUUUCAUUAUUGAUUAACCUGCUGAUCAGUCUGUAAAACAGCUGGAACAGUUUCACAGUGAAAUCCUCACUGCUGAGAGACUGAUGAUCAGUUAUUGAUCAGAUGUUCAUUCACUGAUCAUCAGGAUCAAUACUGACUGCUUUCUGCUGCUUCAGCUUUUAUUUCCUCCUGUUUCUGUUUUCUUCACUGAACACAAACUUCUUCACUUUUACUUUGAAAUCAGUCACCUUCAGCCUCAUCACUGAUCAAUAACACUGAUCACUGAUCAAUAACACUGAUUCACACUGCUUUUCAGAUAAACUGAUGAUUUAAUAAACUGUUCAACAUG